GUCGAUGCUGCAGGACCCUGGGCGUAGCAGAAGGCGACGGCAGGGCGGGCGAGCACAGCUCUCUCCAAACCGUACGACUACCGCCGCGGGCAUAUUUCACGUGUGGCUCGGCUCAGCCUGGCCUCCCUACCUGAACCUCGUCCUGCAUGCCGCCGCGGCAAAUCGCCGCGCAACCUUCUACUUUGUCGGACCCCCGCUGCCGCCGGGCAGCGCCAUCGGCAACGUCGUCUCGCUCGACGGCCGGAACGGGACCCUGCUCCGAGAGAGGAUAGCAACGCACCUCGGAGUGUCCAUCCGGCUGACCCACCGCAAGAUGUGCGAUCUGAAGCCCACGUGGCCGGCGCUCUUUCCCGAGCUGGCGCGGCUGCACGAGUGGGUCGGGUUCUCGGAUCUGGACGUAGUGUACGGCGACCUCGACGGCGAGAUUGCACGCCUGCAGGAGGGGGACGAGCUGCUCGUCCCAGCGGGCAUGUACCCGCAGCCCCUCGCCAACGGCAACCUGAUGCUCUUCCGCUCAACCCACAAGCUACUACACGCUUGGGAGCGGAUCCCCGGCUGGCGCACGGCGCUCGCAGACCCGCGCUACCGCGCGCUCGACGAGUGGUGGGGCGUGCGCCCCUCCUUCUCCGACAUCCUGUACGACAUGACGCUGGACGGCAACCUCGUCGCCAGGCCGACGGCGCGGCCGCUGGUGGUCGACGUGAUCAACCUCUUCAGCGGCAAGGACCGGGCCGCGCAGCAGGAAGUCGCGUUCUCGAGGCGCGAGGUGCCGUUGGACGGCCUCGGCGCCACGUUCAACGCCACGCUCGCGCGCGGCCGGCUCAUGGUCGAGCGACGCGGGCCUUGCGUGUGCGCGAGGGACGCUAUUGUCUCGCAGCUGGGCACGUCCAGCCUGGCCACGUGCGCCGAGUGCACGCGACACGGCAGCGCUUCGGAGCGCGCCGGCAUGCUGGCGCGCGCUGACCCUUCCUCCCCCACGGAAUAGGCUUUCACAUCGGCCAGGCCGGCCGCAACAUCAGCCGCCGGGUGGAGGUGCUCGGUUUGCACUUCAUGUCGCUCAAGCGCGCGGCCGCUUGGACGUCCCCCGCACCGUCGUGCGGCGAGCACGAAAGCGUCGGCCUGUCGCGGCGAGGGGUAUCAUGCACACGUUGCGAGAGAAGGUGCGAAUGAGCGUUUGAGAGGAGAGAAUACCAGGGAAUAAAU